AUGAAAUUCGUCAUUGUUUUCGUUGCCCUUUUCGGUUUGGCUUUGGCUGCUGAAGAAGCUACCGUUGUCCGUUCAGACAGCAAUGUCGGUCCUGAAGGAUACCAAUUCGCUGUUGAAACCAGUGAUGGUAAAGCUCACUCCGAGGAAGGUCAAUUGAAGAACAUUGGAUCAGAAGAUGAAGCUAUUGUAGUCAAGGGUCAAUACAGCUAUGUCGGUGAUGAUGGUGUCACUUACUCUGUCAGCUACAUCGCCGAUGAGAACGGUUUCCAACCACAAGGUGCUCAUUUGCCAGUUGCCCCAGUUGUUUAAGUUUAUAAUAUCUAGUCAAGAAAUCCACCUACCUA